AUGCAGGCCACACCGCAGAAGCAGUGGGUCGAGCUUCAGCUGCUCUGCCGGGGCCACGCCGGGAAGAACCGCAUCCUCCAGAGCCUCCUCACUUUCUACACGAAGGCGCUGCCUGCGCUGCAGCAGCAGCCGCUACCCGUCGUACCGGACGCGACGCUCAGCAUCCCGCGCCUCCUCGACAUUGUCCAGCUCUACGAAGAGGUCGUCGCGCGUGGCGGCGCCGCCCGCGUCUCGGAACAGAACCUCUGGUCCAGCGUAGCCACAUCGAUGAAGCUCAAGGUGACGGCGCCGGCACUCCAGCAGCUUUACGCCACGUGGCUCGGGUCGUUUGAGCUGCAACAAGUGCAUGGCAAGGCUGUGCACCGGCCGACGGCGCUCGAGACGAUUGCGACGCAUCCCGAGAUUCAAGCAACAACGAGCAUUCGCUACACGCCGCUGCCCAUGGUCACCAAGCGCCUCAAGACGCAUCGACAACAACUCACAGAUUUGGGCUUGCUUCACCGCCUCGUGCUCGCGCUCGACUCGACGCUGCCCGACCACAUUGCAUGGGCCUUGAACCAGCUCACCGUGCUCUCGUACGGCCACGCGUCCGACGCGGACUGCGACAUCCACUUUGACCACGCGCCCGGGCUCCUCGACGCGCUCUGCCGACAGCUCCCGCCGACACCGGAUGCAUCCUCGCCAGCGUCGGUCCUGCUCUUUGCGGCCACGGACCAGCGCGAUGCGGCCCAGCAGCAGGAGCAUGGCCUGCGAGUGCUCAAUAUCGUGCGCAACCUCAGCAUGGUGCGCGAGAAUGAAGCGCCGCUGGCAGCGCACACGACGCUCCGCACCUGGCUCUUCGCCACCCUCAAGAGCGCUUCGGACGACAGUGACGAUACGGUCGCCUAUGCCAUGGACAUUCUCGUCCAGAUGGCCCACGCCGUGAGCAUGCGCGCGGGCGAGUGGGACGUGAUCUUGCGGCCGCUCACGGCGUCGAUCCCGCGCCGGUCCCGCGUGCUCCAGUCGCUCGACAUUCUCGCCACGAGCCUCGGUGACGCCAAGCGCGUCACGAGCGUCGUCGGCCACGCGCGGUUCCCAUUGGCGCUACCGAGCAUCGUGGCGCUAUUGAGCCGCCGCCGGCAAGACGGGCAUCUCGACGAAGAUGACGACGACACGGCGGGGCUCUAUGACGACGACGACGAUGACGAUGACAUGGACGACGGCAUGGACGGGCAUGCCGCCACGCUGCAAGAAGAGCUCGGCUACGACGUCGGGCUGCUCCCGUCCCUCGCGUCGACGAGCCGCGACCUCGACGCCUCGCUGUCGCCCACGCGCGCUGGUGACCGCGUCGGGGCCAACAUGGGCAUGGUCUUCGUCUCGCGCCAAGCCGGCGCGACGCCCGAUGCGAAGAAGGCCGACUUUCAAGUCCGGGAUCUGGCGCUCCAGGUGCUCUACUACGUCGCGUCGGCCAACGAUGCGAUGCGGCUGUGGAUUGCGCGCCAGCCGGACGCCAUGGACAAGGUCGGGGCGCUCGUCGCCAGUGGCCGGGCCGAGACAGCGCGGCUGGCGGUCGGGCUUCUCUCGCAGCUGUCGCUCCACGCGGGCACGUGGCCGUACUUGAUGGCCCUCGAGCCACUGCUCUUGCGCGUCGCGACCAGCGAUGCGAGCCUCUCGGAACUUGUCGUCAACGUCAUGGCGGACGUGUACGGGAUGAAUGCGUUGCCGUAA